CCUUCAGCUCAAGAUAGCACAUACUUCUUAGUUACAAAUUUCUCACAGGAAAUUUUCAGGCGUGCCCCUAAAUCUCAUCACUGUUUGUUUGGGAGAACAGGGUUUUCUCCUCUGUGACAGAACAGUCAUGUCAUUUGCUAUGGAAUGCUGGUGGUAAUCUAGUCAGAAGAGGACCCCGUGCUUCACUAAUUUUCCCUUUUUGUUGUUGGGGGUGACUUCUUACCAGGGAUGUUAUUCUUGACACCCCGGGGCAAAUGGAGGGAUUCUCCCGGUCAGCGUCAGGAACCAUCCUACCCGAGGCCUGGGCUUCCUCUUUUCCUUCGGUUGCCGUGUGUGUGCCGGACACCUGUGGCAGGACUAACCCUAUGGCUUUUCUGUCCAGCGUGCUGUAUGCCUGCAGUGUCCUGUCCAAGACAAAGCUGCCUUUCCUUGCGGGAAUGGACCGGCCGGGCUUCGGCAAUGUGGCCCCUCGAAAGACUAAGUGACCUCUUCCAACAGGGGAAGACUUUCUGGCAAGGGGUGCCAGAGAGAACUGGAGUUUCUGGAGAAUAAAAGCUGGAAGUAUGCCCCUGAAAA